AUGAGUGUCCCUCGUUCACUGCGGUCGGCGCUGGGUCCGUGUCGUGCGGUACCUAGUGCCUACCCAGGAAGAUCGCUUCUUUCGAUUAAACGUCCAGUGGUCCAACCCCGACACCUGCCUUUCCUGAUAUGCAGCCACGAAGCGUUAUCCCUUCCAAGCUGGGCCAAAGCCGCCAAACGAAACGCGAGCAGCUCCUCCUCUCCGUCGCCUGUUCCCGUUGUGCCGUAUUCUUCCUUGACCGUGGGAGUGCCUCGCGAGACGUAUCCGAAUGAGCGGCGCGUCGCGCUUACACCUCAGAAUGUCGCGUUGCUGCGUAAGAAAGGCAUCUCGCGUAUCUUGGUGGAGCGUGGUGCUGGGGAGGCGGCCCAGCUGCUCGAUCAAGCCUACGAACAGGCCGGAGCGACGCUAGUUGAUCGAUCCGCCAUAUGGUCCGAGAGUAAUAUCGUCUUGAAAGUCCGCAGUCCUCAGCAGGAAGGUCCUAUCAACGAGAUUGAGGCGCUCCGACAAGGAAGCACGGUGAUCUCAUUUCUGUAUCCUGCUCAGAAUAGACAGCUCGUGGAGAGCAUUGCCUCGCGUGGUGUCACUGCCUCCAUGGCCAACAUUGCCGGAUACAAGGCUGUGUUGGAGGCCUCGAACCAGUUCGGUCGUUUCUUGACGGGUCAAGUAACUGCUGCUGGCAAGGUUAUACCCCCUAGUAAAGUCUUGGUUAUCGGAGCCGGUGUGGCCGGGCUGAGUGCCAUUGUUUCAGCACGUCGUUUGGGAGCUAUCGUUCGUGGGUUUGAUACCCGUCCCGCUGUCCGUGAACAAGUCCAGUCUUUGGGCGCGGAGUUCAUUGAAGUAGACAUACAGGAAGAUGGCUCGGGACAAGGUGGAUAUGCCAAGGAAAUGUCCAAGGAGUUUAUUGAAGCCGAGAUGAAGCUAUUCAUGGAACAAUGCCGCGAAGUGGACAUUAUCAUCACAACCGCUCUCAUUCCGGGAAAGCCAGCACCAAAGCUUAUCACCAAAGAGAUGAUUGCGGCUAUGAAGCCGGGAUCUGUCAUUGUCGAUCUUGCAGCAGAGGCUGGCGGCAAUUGCGAGGCAACCGUUCCCGGGCAAUUAACAAGCUACAAGGAUGUAACCGUUAUUGGGUACACCGAUUUCCCGUCGCGGCUGCCAACUCAAUCAUCUACGCUGUACUCCAACAACGUCACAAAGUACCUGCUGUCUAUGGCGCCACAGGAAAAGUCCUUCGGCAUUGACUUGAACGAUGAAGUGGUUCGCGGUUCGAUCGUUACUCUUAAUGGUGAAAUUCUACCCCCAGCACCACGCCCAGCGCCCUCACCCACGCCGAAAGUAGAAGCGGCAGCAACGCCUGCAAAGGAGAAAGCACAGCUAGCCCUGACUCCGUGGCAAAAGGCCACGCGUGAUGUGACGACCGUGACUGCUGGUUUGGGCACCGCUCUUGCCCUAGGAAAGGCGACAGGUCCUAUUUUUAUGAGCAACAUGAUGACGUUUGGACUCGCUGGACUUGUUGGUUAUCGUGCUGUAUGGGGCGUUGCGCCGUCUCUCCACUCUCCCUUGAUGAGCGUCACCAAUGCAAUUUCAGGUAUGGUCGGCAUUGGUGGGUUUUUCAUCAUGGGCGGUGGAUAUAUCCCCAGCACAAUUCCAGAGUACCUCGGAGCAGCUUCCGUGCUUUUAGCAUUUAUGAAUGUCUCAGGAGGGUUCGUUGUAACAAAGCGCAUGCUGGACAUGUUCAAACGCCCAACCGAUCCACCUGAGUACCCAUGGCUCUAUGCUAUACCGGGUCUUCUUUUCGGUGGGGGAUUCCUCGCCGCUGCCAGUACUGGAAUGGCUGGACUGGUGCAAGCUGGAUAUCUCGUAAGCAGUUUGCUGUGCAUGGCCUCAAUUUCGGGCCUUGCGUCGCAGCAGACAGCGCGCCGAGGGAACAUCCUUGGUAUCUUAGGUGUAGUAUCAGGAAUUUUAGCUUCCCUCGCAGCUGUAGGGUUUUCGCAUGAAGUGUUGACUCAGUUCGGCGCCGUUGCUGGCGUGGGCGCUGUUGCUGGAGCACUGAUUGGGCGUCGUAUUACACCAACGGGGCUCCCUCAAACCGUUGCUGCCCUUCAUUCUGUAGUCGGUUUGGCAGCUGUCCUCACAAGUAUCGGAAGCGUCCUUACAGAUAUAGCGCACAUUUCCACACUGCACAUGGUGACUGCCUACUUGGGUGUGCUUAUAGGUGGGGUUACUUUCACGGGCUCAAUUGUCGCUUUCAUGAAACUGGCAGGACGUAUGUCGUCCAAGCCUCUGAUCCUGCCAGGUCGACAUUUGGUCAAUUCCACUUUACUCGGGACUAACAUAGCCACCAUGAGCGCCUUCGUUUCCAUGGCUCCGGCAAACCCAGUUAUCGCGGCCACAUGUCUGGGUGCGAACACCGCACUCAGCUUUUUAAAGGGCUACACGACCACCGCUGCCAUUGGUGGGGCCGAUAUGCCCGUUGUCAUCACAGUCCUCAACGCAUAUUCGGGAUUUGCCUUGGUCGCUGAGGGUCUUAUGCUCAACAAUCCGCUGCUUACAAGCGUAGGGUCUCUAAUCGGAGUCAGCGGUUCGAUUUUGUCGUAUAUCAUGUGCGUCGCCAUGAAUCGUUCCCUCACCAACGUGCUGUUUGGCGGUAUCGCAGCUCCUCAGCAAGCGAAGAAGAUUGAAGGACAAGUCACGCAGACCACUGUUGAUGACACAGUCGAGGCUUUAUCCAACGCGGAAAACGUCAUUAUUAUUGUUGGAUACGGCAUGGCUGUGGCCAAGGCACAGUAUGCACUCGCCGAGAUAACCCAUAUGCUACGAGCCAAAGGCAUCAAUGUACGUUUUGCGAUCCAUCCGGUCGCUGGAAGAAUGCCUGGACAGUGCAACGUGCUUCUUGCGGAGGCUUCGGUCCCUUACGAUAAAGUCGUUCUGGAAAUGGAUGAAAUCAACGACGACUUUUCUGACACAGAUGUGACGCUCGUGAUUGGCGCAAAUGAUACCGUCAACCCCAGCGCAUUGGAGCCCGAUUCCCCCAUUUCCGGUAUGCCGGUGUUGCAAGCGUGGAAGAGCAAGGAAGUGAUCGUCAUGAAGCGUGGCAUGUCCAGUGGAUACGCGGAUGUGCCUAAUCCAAUGUUUUACAUGCCUGGCACCCGGAUGCUGUUUGGCGAUGCGAAGACUUCCUGCGAUGCUAUCAAAGCCAGCCUUGAGGCACGUAAAUAG